AAUCAGAUCUUUUUACCUAAAUCCGUUUAGUCCGAAAACACAGACUUAGACCGGGCUGGCCGGUCUGCCCAAAUUUUCAGUACUAGGUGGGGGUGGGGGAGGAGUACACAAGGAACCGAGGUCCAAGUAGGCUGCUGCUUCUUCCGGUUGGUCCUGCCCUCCUUGCUGACCUCGGAGCGGAGCGGAGCAGAGCAAGGAACCGGCAGGAGGGAAGGAAAGGUCCAUGGCGGGGAGAUCGACGUACGACAACCCCUUCGAGGAGGGCGCAGCCGCGGCCGAGGUCAACCCUUUCGCGGACCAAGCUAAACGAGGAGGACCGACGGCUCAGUCCAGCUAUUCUGGCGGCGCUUUCUACACGACGUCGCAACGCCCGGCUCCUCCUAGCACACGCCUUUCGCCGCUUGCUCCUGAACCUGCUGGCUUCUACAAUGACUUCGCUACUCCAGUGGAUAUCCCCAUGGACGACACAAACAACAAGGACAGGAAGACAAGGGAGAAGGAGCUUCUGGCCAAGGAGGCCGAGUUGAACAGGCGUGAGAAGGAAAUAAAAAGGCGAGAAGACGCCGCAGCACGAGCUGGCGUUGUGUUGGAAGAGAAAAACUGGCCACCGUUUUUCCCCAUCAUCCAUAACGAUAUUGGCAACGAGAUACCUGUCCAUCUGCAAAGUACACUGUAUGUCGCAUUCGCGUCACUCUUAGGGUUGGUCGUGUGCCUGUUUUGGAACAUAAUCUGCGUUACGGCUGCCUGGGCAAAAGGGUCAGGUCCUAAAAUAUGGUUUCUCGCAAUCAUAUACUUCAUUCUUGGAUGCCCCGGCGCCUACUACCUUUGGUACCGGCCACUAUACCGUGCCAUGAGGAACGAGAGCGCUCUUAAAUUUGGAUGGUUUUUCCUAUUCUACUUGGUUCACAUCGCCUUCUGCGUGUACGCAGCUGUUUCUCCUUCGAUUCUCUUCGUGGGGAAAUCGUUGACCGGGAUUUUCCCAGCAAUCAGUUUGAUAGGCGACAGCGUGAUUGUCGGGAUCUUCUACUUCAUUGGCUUUGCACUGUUCUGCCUAGAGUCUUUGCUAAGCAUGUGUGUCAUUCAGCGUGUUUACCUCUACUUCCGAGGAAGUGGGAAGGAAGCGGAGAUGAGGCGGGAAGCAGCACGCAGUGCUGCGAGGGCAGCAUUUUGACGAACCGUGUGUGUAUAUAUAGCACGGCGUGUGUUUUGUUCAUAGUUUGAAGUGUCUGUAGAUCAACAUACAUAUGUAGAGUAGCGUUGGUGUACUGUAAAUCUUCAGAAUUUUUCUUACCAGUAUUUGAGCCCUAAUACAAAUAAUAAAAUUGUAAUGAUGAUCUCACUCAACCUUUUAGGAAAAAAAUAUAUACUUACAUUGUCAAGGGUUGUACUCA